AGCCCCACGCACCGCGCCCCGGGGCGCACCCCCCUCCCUGCCGAGACACCAGCUGCGGCCGGGUCCCUUGCCUGCCCGCGGCCUCCUAGUGAGUACCCCGCCGACCAGGGGGCGGGGGAGAGCGGGAAGGAUCCCGCCUUCCAGGCCGAGUGCGACUCCUGGGAGGGGACAGGGAUGCUUAAAUAGUACUCUGCACGCAGGCAAGUGUAGGAAGUGGCUCGAUUUGUGUAAGCAGUCUGCACAGCCUCAGGAAACUUCUUUGCUGCCUUCAACAUGGUGUCUUCCAAGAAGGUCACCCUCUCAGUGCUGAGCCGGGAGCAGGCGGAAGGUGUUGGAGCGCGUGUCCGCAGGAGCAUCGGCAGACCUGAGUUAAAAAAUCUGGAUCCAUUUUUACUGUUUGAUGAAUUUAAAGGUGGUAGGCCAGGUGGGUUUCCUGAUCACCCACAUCGAGGUUUUGAAACGGUGUCUUACCUUCUGGAAGGGGGCAGCAUGGCCCAUGAAGACUUCUGUGGACACGUCGGUCAGUUGAAUCCAGGGGACCUGCAGUGGAUGACUGCAGGUCGCGGCAUCGUGCACGCUGAGAUGCCGUGCUCAGAGGAGCCGGUCCAUGGCCUGCAGCUGUGGGUGAACUUGAGGAGCUCGGAGAAGAUGGUGGCACCUCAAUACCAGGAACUGAAAAGUAAAGAAAUCCCUAAACCCAGCAAGGAUGGUGUGACGAUCGCCGUCAUUUCUGGAGAAGCACUGGGAAUCACGUCUAAGGUUUACACUCGCACACCAACCAUGUACUUGGACUUCACGUUGGACCAAGGAGCAAAGCAUUGCCAACCUAUUCCUAAAGGGUGGACCAGCUUCAUUUACACCAUAUCUGGAGAUGUGUAUAUCGGGCCCGAUGAUGCACAAGAGAAAAUAGAACCUUACCACACAGCGGUGCUGGGGGAUGGUGACAGUGUCCAGGUGGAGAACAAGGGCCCUGAGAAAAGUCAUUUUGUCCUUAUUGCUGGGGAGCCAUUACAAGAACCAGUAGUCCAGCAUGGCCCAUUUGUGAUGAACACUGAUGAAGAGAUUUCUCAGGCCAUUCUUGAUUUCCGAAAUGCAAAAAAUGGAUUUGAAAGAGCCAAAUCCUGGAAAUCAAAGAUUGGAAACUAGUGAAGGCACGCACACUCCUAGGAUUUUGCCCUGCGUGGUACCCUUGCAUUUAGAGCAGUUUCCAGACCUGUCUUGCAAGUGCUUCUGGAGAAUCCCACACUAACGUGAUUUUUGUAAUGCUUUUUGCAUGAUUUUUUUUAACAAUGUACCAGAGAUCUUUUCAGGCAUAUGUAA